CUCGAUCAUUCGUGAUUGUCAUGGACAUCUUGUGCACCAGCAUCUACAUCAUCAAUAUAGAGCCCUGCACUGAUCAAGCUGCUCGGAGCUCAACGCGGGAGCGCCCCUCCCCCAGCCUCCCCCCGCAUCGAGCUUCGUUCGACUUUCACUCUGCGCGGAGGCCCUUCCUUUGAAGCACGAGAUGAUGGGCACGGACGCAGAGCCCACUGUUGGACAGGACGCUUCGAGCGUCUCGGCGUUGCUUGAAGUGGAGCCAUCGGAGGCCGCAAACGCCUCGCAGCGCGGAGGAAGUGAUGUUGGGACAGCGCAAGUGGAUCAGUCCGGGUCUGUAAGCCAACAACCUCCGCCUCACACUAUCACUGCGCGGCCAGCAGAGAGCAACAACGUGACUGAGGAUGACGCUUCGCAAUCGCUCUUAGAGCUUCCUGGGCCCGUAUUGCCGCCUGCGGAUCAAGCAAAACAUCUUGAACCGAAGCCAUGGGCGCCCAGAUCCUCCACACCUAUGGGUCCUCACGCCGAUUCUUCACCGAAACCUCUACCUGCUGGCCUGGGUGCUCUUUCGCAAGAUAGCGCUGCGAAUGCGCAGUCAGUCGUCGCUGGCUCCGACGCACUCCCAGCGGAAGGAAGUAGAGCUAUUUCAGCCGAGAGCGAGGGGAGGAAACACCCUGCGUCUCAACUUGGCUUGGGGCUGCCGGGCAGAAUCAGCGAGCAUGCAGAGAGUGCUGGAAGCGCAAGUAAGCAGGCAGUGCCGAGGCCAGAUACCUCAUCUGUCCGACAAGCUUCAGAAGAGCCGAAUGAGGCACAGACACCGACGGCCAACCAGUCCACUGCCCUCAACUGGAGGGCCAUGCCGGGUUUUGAGGAGCUCUCAGAGUCUUGGGCGGCGGGCGCUUCUGCAGAGCCAAUAGGUCCUGGAGAACCUAGCACACCACGUCCGAAUCCUAUUCCUCGCCACGUCCACACCCAGACACCCAUUGGGACGCCACAAGAAGAGUCUGUGUCGCUGAUGUCGCCAGAUGAACGACCAGCUGGCUUUCGUAGCUCGAGGCCUGAUCAGAGAUUCCUCCGAAACGAUUCUGGCUUGAGAGCUGGUCCGACAAGCCCCUCGAUGAGAGUGCCGUCGCACGGCCAUGCGGCAGGGCCGGGCAGCGCAUCUACCAGUGCGAGUGGCACAGAUGCAACACGGGUCAGCGCAAGCGGAAGCUUUCGAGAUGCUCUUGGAGCAAGUUCCUUUGGACCUACACCUACAGCAGCCUCUCAGCCUGCUCUGUCAAGACGGCCGUCGAGUGAGGGCAGCGAGACGAGCACAGCGAGCGGCGCAAAGGCAGGCUCAAAGACUCUCGAAAGUGUCGGUGCGGACUCAUCCGUUAUCAGCGGCGGCACUGCACAUGAUGAAGAAGCAGAUGCUGGAUCGCCGGAGGAAUCGACAGCGCGAAUUCGAACUCGAGCGAGCGUCGCUAUCGAAAGUCCGGCAGAGUCUUCAUUCGGUACGGCUCGCGAACCUGACGUGCCGGAGCAGACCUUUGUGGAGCACAGCAAUGUCGGUAGCUUGCCUCCGCCGCUCAAGCCGGCGUGGGCUAGAGCUGGAAAGGGUGCCAAGGGGGUAGAUAGAGCUGGUGGUGACAUGUUUACUCCGCUCAAGCUUCAGAGCAUGUGGAGAACGCCUACUCCUGAACCUCGGCCUAGUGGCUCUACCGAUCAGCUUGCCGAAGCUGGGCCAAGCCGACAAACGAGUGCGAGCCCCUCUAUCAGGCCUGCUCCUGCUUUGGGGCAGGAUCGCAGUGCCGAAAGCAACGAAACAGCGUCGGUAUCUGCUCAAGCGCCUGCUGCAGAAGCAUCUGCACAAGCGCGGCGGAUUGCGCCUGGCAGCACGCCCCGCCCCCCAAGUGCACGAUUUACCUUCAAGUCACCUGAAGAGGUCAUUGCGCCGGACUUUCAUCAGCCCCAAACGCCUUUCACACCACGGCAUCGGCGAGGCACGCUCCAUGUCACGCCAGGGACCAGGGCGACUCCUAGGACGCCUAGAAUUCCUCGUACACCCAAUGUGCCGCUUAGAAUAUUUCGGACUGGCAGGACGCCGCCAUAUUCCGCUCGGCCUGCACCAACAUCCACGAGACCGGAUCGACCACUUGCUCGAUCUUACAACGGCAGGGCUGCCGGGCAAGAUAGCCCGAGAGAAGCAUCCAGGUUGGCAGCGGACGCUGCAGAGCGUCGUAGAAAGGAAAGAGACCAGAAACGCCUGAGACUGCUGGCUCCUCCUAGUCCAGGUUCUUCUAAAGGCAGCGAUGCUUCACCCACUGAACAGGAACACGUCGAAGGUCAAGAGGAGCCUGCCUUCAAGCCGACACUUUCGACGGCUGAGCCCGAAGAGGAGGAGCUGACACAUAUCUCGCGCUCGGCUGAACGAGAAAUGAAGCCUUCUAGACGAGACUAUGCGCAGGAAGGGACGGAAUUUUUGGCUCGAUUGCAAAACGUGCGAUUGGCGAGCGAAGCGACGAGCCGGUCGAUGAGCGGCGAAUCCGCCACUGAUGCUAUUGUGCCUGAUACGGAAGGCGGAUGGGCAGACGAAGACGAACAAGGAGACGCGGCGGCGCGGAUACCCCGAAGAUCGUCGAUCCGAUCGAUGAGCGGUUCUACGCACGCUUCGCUGCGAGCGGGCGCGCAAGCUCCGACGCCCACACAUGGCAUGUACAACGGCAGCCCUCUUCGAAUAUCUCAAAAGAGGAUCCCUUCAGCUCCUUCGUCGACAUCUUUGGGGGGAAGAAGUGGACGCGUGGACGAGUCGCCGAGAAGAAUGCUGAGGAGAUUUUCUGCUAUAGAUCGGGCUUAUCAAGAGUAUGAGGCAGAGAGCAUGGAGAGGAGCUUUGAAGCUGCGGAGAGACUUCAAAGAGAAGAGGAGGAUGAGCGAAGAGCGGACGAGGAGUUCAGGAGACUUGAAGCAAAAAAGUACGCUAGAGGAUUGGCUAGGGUCAGAGGUCGUCCCAGCGACUCGCAAGCUCCACCAAUAGACACAAGCGACGCUGCUGCAGGCAUCUUUGACGCAUCCCUACAAGCUCACCAGGAAGAAGUCUUCCCUGCCGGUUCGACACAUGAGCCAUCAAAGGCGUCACGAGCCAGUGUGAUUGAGGCACCUCGACUCGACUCUCUCACUCCGGUCGACUCGGCCGAUCCUACUUUGAUACGCAAGUCUUCGCUCGUCCACAUUGGCCCUGAAGCCCUGCCCAGCAAUAUCGACGAGCUCGGAGGGGGGCGCAUGAUCUUCGAUGCUGCGUCUCAAAAGUGGAUCAAGAAGAGGUCCGGCGGUCUGCAAGACCCCAUCGUUGAGAGCGAAGGUCGCCUCAUUGCUGGGUUGCCAAGUUCUGCCCACAUUGGGAAAUCCCGUCAAGAUGCCCAAAGCUUUCAUCCGACUGCGGAGAUUGAGCGAAAUGCUUUGGGAAGCGCCAGUGCUGCGAUGUCAGGUGUGGACUCUACCGACCCUUUCCGCGACAUUGAAAGCUUCGGGACGAGCGAUGAACCCUCCCUGGCAAAUUUGGCCGAGCAAGCUUCAUCGUCUGCCCGCCCCAACAGCUCGUCUUUCGAAGUCAGUUCGAGUCGUAUCGAUUCGGCUGCAACGCCUCGAGACUCGAGCGGCGCAGCAUUUAAAAAACCCGUUCAUCUUGCCAGUACAUCUCGUAGAAGGGGCGGCUUUGCGCGGCGGAGUGCUGCAGCUAGCGCCGUGGCGCGCUCUCGAUCUGCUUUACGCAACGAGAUCGAUCUCUUCAGUGACGGAGACUCGACGCAGCGGAGUCACAGCAGCACUGCUCCUGAUCUCGGGUCCGACCGCACCCACGCUGCCUACUCUGGAAGCGACCCCGCCCUUCGAGGCCCCUCUCAUUCUCAAGAUCGCCAGUCCGCCCUCGACGCAUUGAUGGGGAGCCCAGCUACGCCGCCUGGCGAGUCUUCUGCUCAACGCAGCUCUUCUACGCCGCAACGGUCACCUAUAAAUCCCGCUCAGGUCCCUCGCUCGAUCUUGAAAGCUCGCACCGGCUUCGUUGACACCCCAGAGCGUCAACUGGCACGAUCUGACGCUCGCUCAAUCAGCUUCGCUGAUACUCCGGACAGGGAACAAACGCUCUCCCCCGAGUCUGUGCGGAACAAAUCUUCGACCGUAGAUCCGCGCCAGUCGAGUGGCGACAUGAGUCGGGCAAGUGCAGAGCGCCAGAGUCAUCUUGAGGAAGUCUUGCGCCAGAUCGUCGAUCUAGCGCUAGGCGCUGAAAACGAGCCAAGAAACUACCCGUCACCCGCUAGCCGAACACGCGCAUUCGCAGACGAGACGGACGCCGAUGCGUGGCAAGACGUGACUCCGACGCGCACCGCGCCCAAGGCGUUCCAGCACGACAGCGCCGGCUUGGCUUCUGGUGGACGCUCACCUUGGAACAUCACGGCGCUUCGACAACGUCGAGGUAGAGGAGAUGAUGAUGGAGAGAUGAGCUUUUUGACGAAUGCUAGCUUUGCCAUGGCACACGACCGCAUCGUGGAGCUCAUUGUAGACGUUGCACCUUGGCACGAAGGCUGGAAGGAUAUGCUCGAGAUUGAUCUGUCGGGCAGACGAGUAGAUAGUAUCGUUCGACUGAAAGAGCACCUUCCCAGCCUGCAGAUCGCACAUCUUCAUCAUAAUGAGUUGUCGUACCUGACCGGGCUGCCCGAGAAUUUACGGGAAUUGCAUGCUAGCCAUAACAGCAUUCCGCCGACCAUCUCUUUCAGCCAUCUUCCACUCCUCAGCGUGCUUGAUAUCAGUCAUAAUGCGAUAGGCUCGCUUGCGGCGUUGUCCGGAUUGAUCCAUCUGCGUGACCUUCGAGCCGACGCCACAGGUGUCGAUAGUAUCGAAGGUAUCGAGCAUCUCGAGGGCCUCAAAGUGCUCAGCUUGAGGCAGAACGCACUCUCGGCCCUCAAUCUGCUGGAAGUCAAAUGGAGGAAACUAGAAAAGCUCAACCUGAGGCACAACGGAUUGCGCUCGGUCCGCGGUCUCGCCACCAACGACAGACUCAGGAGCGUGGAUCUCUGCCACAAUCAGCUCUCAUACUUGGAGCUUGGCGGCCAAAUGUCGCACCUCCGAGCCCUCAAAGUCAGCCACAAUGCUGCGCUGGAGGACUUGGACGUCAGUCUUGCCCCGAACUUACGCGCUCUUUACGCAGACGGCUGUGCUUUGCAUCGAGUCCAAGGACUUGCAUCACUGACAAAGCUUGAUGAGCUUAGUCUGCGGCAGCAGCUUGCAAGGAAGGGGUUGCUUUGGCCGGCGGAUGAAGUGCCCGACAUUCGCCGACUGCAUCUAUCCGGCAAUGCUUUCCCAGCAGGCAUUCAAAGCAGUGUACAGCUACUCAAUUUGGUCUUUUUGGAGCUUGCCGGCUGUCAGCUCACGUCCGUGCCGCCUGACCUACCGAAGCGCGCGCCCAACAUGCGUCAUCUGAACCUGGAUCACAACUUGUUGUCGAAGCUUCCUGCGCUACAGCCUAUGCGGCGACUCAAGCGUCUGAGUCUUGUGGGAUGCCGUAUCAAGCGCCCAACCAGCUUGAUUGACGCGCUCGCUGGCAUGCGAGAGCUGAGUGUCCUCGACUUGCGUCUAAAUCCGUGCACCCUGGGCUUGUAUCCGCCGCUUCUACUCAGUAGUGCCACACCGGUCAUAUCCGACGAGGCUGCGCUCGAGCGCAGCCCUCGACCGCCUGCUUCGAUGCCACCGUUUCCUGAUCCAGGCGUCGUCCAACCUGAUCGCGCGGCGGCCGUCUUGCGCGAGGCCAAGCGAGCGGAACGAGCGGCGCAAGAACAGAUCGAGAAGUCGGUGUUUCACAAGCGUCAGCCCGGGCCACAAUUGGAUGCACCUCGCGGCAAACGCUGGUCGGAUGAUGAGCAAGAUGAGACAGAAGUCAGUCAUGGCCUCAGUACAAUCAGCUCCAAGCACGAUGUGGGACUCGAUGCCCAGCAGAAGAUGAUGGCAGCUGCCGACGCGCGCUUUGCGCAGACUCUUCCCCCUACCUUUGCUUAUCGAAGGUUGAUGCACCGAGGUAGUCUUGCCAUGGCGUGCCCUGCACUUGCAUGGCUGGACGGUCUCCUCGUGGAUGAGGCCGAAGUGGUCAAGGCGGACGAGCUCUUGAGCGCUAGUCCACCGUUCGCCAGCGGUGCCUUCCUCUCCUCCUCCCCUCGCACUUGAGACUGAGAUAGAUGUCAGUCGCCGCGGUGUUUGCCGCGAGAUACGCAGUCAUCGCUCUUUCCAUUUCCGAUCGCAGUGCUACAUGAUGUCCAAACACAUACUUUCGAGACGCCACUAAUCAACGACGCUGUAAUAGUAAGCACUGCAAUGUACCAAGAGCCUGCUGCAUCUCACUCAAAUCAC